CCUCCUCGAAUUCAAAUAAAAGCUUACAAAAAUGGUCUAAAUGAAUAACAAUGAAAUCACAGGCUUCCCCAAAUCUUCAGAAUUCUGCAAAGUGAAAUCCUGUUCAGUAGUGUACCAAUAAAAAAGUAAAUGCAGGGAACCCGCAAGCGAAAGCUACCUCACCAGCAAUCCUCCGCCAAAUCUCCCAAAACCACCGCAAAAAGCGGCUGCGCCACCGCCGAAAGCCCACUCCCCCAUCACCUUCGCCCAACCCCUGAAGAAUGCGUCUCUGUACGAGACGACCUCUUGUCCCUCCACGGUUUCCCCCAAGAAUUCAUCAAAUACCGCGAACAAAGAUUGAAAGCAAAAUCCCAACUCAAAAUUUCUACCAAGUUGGAGCCUUGUGUGAGUGUCGGAGAAUUUGAUGAGAAAGAGAGUGUUUUGGAUGGUCUAGUGAAAACCAUACUGUCCCAGAAUACAACCGAGCUUAAUUCUGAAAGGGCUUUUGCUUCGCUUAAAAGUUCUAUCCCUACUUGGGAAGAUGUUCUUGCAGCUGAUUCCAAGUGCAUUGAGGAUGCAAUAAGAUGUGGAGGUCUGGCACCAACAAAGUCUUCUUGUAUAAAGAAUUUGUUGAGUUGCUUGCUUGAGAAAAAGGGGAAGUUGUGCAUGGAAUACUUAAGAGAAUUGUCCAUAGAGGAGGUCAAAGCAGAGCUCUCACUUUUGAAAGGGAUUGGUCCCAAGACGGUUUCAUGUGUUCUGAUGUUCCAUUUGCAACACGACGAUUUCCCAGUUGACACACAUGUUUUCCAGAUAGCUAAGACUAUGGGUUGGGUACCAGCCGAUGCAGACAUAAAAAAGACGUACCUCCAUCUCAACACGCGGAUUCCAGCUGAGCUGAAAUUUGACCUGAAUUGUCUUCUGUACACUCAUGGUAAGGUUUGUCGGAGAUGCUCUAAUCGGAAAGUAGGCGGCAAGACUAAAGAAACCGAAGAUGGAGAUUGUCCUCUGUUAGCUUAUUCCAAUCGAUGUAUAGUUCAAAACCUUUAGAAAUGCAGUUUGAUGAGAUCAAGAAAUUCCGCCGUGAUCAUGGGGGAUUUCGUGAAAGAAAUCCUCGUGAAGCCGAUACAGUACGCGGACGAGGUUGUAAAGUUGGCGGACGGCGCCAUUUCUUUCCGCCAAGAUUGCCUGGAAGUCAAGACCAAGA